CGGGGCGGGGCCGGCGGCGAGCGGGGACUCGGGGCUCGCGCGGCGCCUCUUGGGGCCCGGCCGCCGCCUCUGCGCGCAGCCCCGCAGGCCGGGCAUGGGCGGGGGCGCCGGGCCGGCACGAUGAGCGCCCUGGGCAGCCCGGUGCGGGCCUACGACUUCCUGCUCAAGUUCCUGCUGGUGGGCGACAGCGACGUGGGCAAGGGCGAGAUCCUGGCGAGCCUGCAGGACGGCGCGGCCGAGUCCCCGUACGGCCACCCGGCGGGCAUCGACUACAAGACGACCACCAUCCUGCUGGACGGGCGGCGCGUGAAACUGCAGCUCUGGGAUACUUCGGGGCAGGGAAGAUUUUGCACCAUAUUCCGCUCCUACUCUCGGGGUGCACAGGGUGUGAUCCUGGUCUAUGACAUUGCGAACCGCUGGUCUUUCGACGGGAUCGAUCGAUGGAUCAAGGAGAUCGAUGAGCACGCUCCCGGAGUCCCCAGGAUCCUGGUAGGGAACCGCCUGCACCUGGCAUUUAAGCGGCAGGUGCCCACGGAGCAGGCCCAGGCCUACGCCGAGCGCCUGGGCGUGACCUUCUUUGAGGUCAGCCCUCUGUGCAAUUUCAACAUCACGGAGUCGUUCACGGAGCUGGCCAGGAUCGUGCUGCUGCGGCAUGGGAUGGACCGGCUCUGGCGGCCGAGCAAGGUGCUGAGCUUGCAAGACCUCUGCUGCCGGGCUGUCGUGUCCUGCACGCCGGUGCACCUGGUGGACAAGCUGCCGCUGCCCAUCGCCUUACGAAGCCACCUCAAGUCCUUCUCCAUGGCCAACGGCCUGAACGCCAGGAUGAUGCAUGGACGGUCUUACUCCCUUACCACCAGCUCCACCCACAAAAGGAGCAGCCUCCACAAGGUGAAGCUCGCCCGCCCGCCCCAGAGCCCACCCAAACACUGCACCAGAAACAGCUGCAAAAUUUCGUAAGGAAGGCUCUGCACUGGGCACAGCGCAGUCUCUCCGGGAGAAACUCGGUGCCACCCAGGCAGCUGGCGGGUGCAUCUUGGAUUCCGGUGGUUUCUCUCUGUGAAUGUCGCCGCUUGGCAGCAUGUGCGGCGCCUCCUGGGCGGUGGAGACACACUGCACUAUCGGACUUGGGAUUUCCACGUGGGUGUGCAUGAAGCUUGUUUUAGAUGUGUGUGUAUAAAGGGAGAAUUAGUACUCUGCUCAGCUCUCGGUAACAUGAAAUGUCGAAUGUUACUUACACGAUUGUGCUGCAACUUUUUCCUUAAAAUAACUGCUUUUGUACGAGCGUAAUAUCCGAGUGGUUCGAAUUUGAGAGGCAGUGGUGGUGAGAAUUGAGAGCCAUCGAUAUUACAAGGGGGUCUUUUUGUAAAACUCCUUUUUAACGUCAAAGCACCAAUUUAUAAAACGCUGCAGAUGUGGGGGUCACGUGCCAGCGAACUGUCCGGCCUGUGUAUCCGGAUUUGAUAACGUUUUUGCUAGUUAUUUACUACAUUUUGGGAUUAAUAAGUGAUUUAUAUGCAUAUUUUUCUGUGAAUCUACCUUUUUUUGUACGAGAUGUUCUACAAGUUAUGAAGCUAAGGGAAGAAAAUGCCGAAGAUACCUCUAGUCACGUUGAACAUUUUAGCCAACACCGUUUCAGCAGGCCACGGACAAGCUGCCUCAGUAAGGAACGAAGUGAAAACAUUAUUUAAGACAAUGUUUCUCCACAAUAAAAUGUAUAGUUGUUUCUCUCUUG